UUGCUGUCUGUUUUUUGUCCUUGACCUGCCUCCCUUGCUGUAAAAAAACAUACACUUACAUAUCCUUUCCUUUAUUGCAGUGUGAGGGCUCUGGGCCGCCACCGCCGCCGCCCGCGCCGCCAUGUUGGAGCCCAGCAGCUCAGAGGAGGAGUCCGAUGGGGAGGUGCAGGAGGAGGUGCCUCAGCGCAGCGUGCCCCAGCGCUCCGCGGGGCCGCCGGUGGUCCAUGAACACCACGCCACGGACGGGGGCUCGGGACCCACCCCCCACCCCUCCCUGCAGGUGCCCCAGACUGGCACGCUCCCCAGGCGGCCCAGCAUAAGAACAAGCCAGGGCUAUGACACUAGAAGCGGGUCCCCGGGAAGCACGCUGAGUGUGGACACUCUCAGCGUGGGCGGAGGGUCGAGGGCGAACUCCUUGCCGCGGCCCACCUCUCCCUCGCCCUCCGUGAUGAGCGACAAGCCGGCGGCAGCCACUCAGGAAGACCCAGCGGAAAAGCAGGAGAGAGAGGAGGAGGAGAGAAAAAAGAGGCUGCAGCUUUACGUGUUCAUUCUGCGCUGUAUAUCCUACCCCUUCAACGCCAAGCAGCCGACGGACAUGACCAAGAGACAGAUCAAGGUCACCAAGCACCAAUUAGACGUCAUCCAGGGGCGUUUCCAGAGUUUCCUAAAAGGAGAGCUGCAGAUUGCAGCAGACGAGGCCUUCAUUAAUGCUGUCCAGAGCUACUACGAAAUCUUCCUCAAGAAUGAACGCCUUGCCUCAAUGGUGGUGUCCGGUGCCUGCUCCCAGCAUGACCUGCGGGAAGUGUUCAAACACAACGUAGAAAAGAGAGUCAGGUCUCUUCCAGAGAUUGAUGGGCUCAGUAAAGAAACGGUUCUCACUUCUUGGAUGGCCAAGUUUGAUAUGAUUAUAAAAGGUGAAGAAGAUAGCAAGAGACCCGGCAGGAUGCAGCAAAGCCUUAACAGUGAGCUCAUCAUGCCUAAGGAGCAGCUCUUCGAUAUGUUUCAGCAAAUCUUGGGCAUCAAAAAGUUUGAACACCAACUUCUGUUUAAUGCACUUCAGCUUGACAGUCAAGAUGAACAAGCUGCUGCUAUCCGAAGAGAACUAGAUGGCCGCAUGCAGAAAGUGGCAGAGCUAGAAAGGGAGGUUGAAGGUCUAAAGAGAGAUCCAGAAGUAAGUUGUUACUGAAAUAUUUCUUGCGACCUCAGACAGCCAUAAGUAUGCACUCCCACUGUAGAUAUAGACACUAGAAUUGAAUGAAACAUUAAUAUUGAUUAGUGUCUUGCCAGUGAUUUUGGGUAUAUAGUACUGAACUGAUAUGUGAAUUGUGUGUAUUUCCAUCUCUAUCCAUUUAAUCUUUGCUAAUAAUAGUUGUUUCAGAGAGAGAUAGUUGUCUUAAAAAGCUUUUAAGUAUAAUUUGCAUAGCAAUUUAUGGAUACACAAUAUUAAAGUAACUAUUUGUAUUGUACAUUCCUGCUAUUAGAAAACAUCAGGUUUAAAUGUAUCUUUAUGCUUCUGAGAUUAACAAGAGAGACUGAAGCCAUAUAUUACAGGUCUAUGUACACACAUCUCUCAAUAUUUUGAUCAAAAGAUUUUUGGGGCUGUUUUUUGUUCCAUCAUUGUGUAAAUAUUCAAAUAAAGCAACUUUAAUGGAGAUUUUAUGUUUUUAACAUAUGAGGUUAUUGAUUGCAAAUAUAUUUAAUUUAUUUUCACAUGAAUACAGUUAGCUUCUGAUAAGUUUUAUUCUACUUUAUUGGCAGUAUUGACAUGCACUUUUUAAAUACUGGAAUUUAUG